AUGAACCGAUGGUUCUUGCAGAGCUGGUGCAACGUCAAUUCGCGGCUGGACAACGCAAGAUUGGCUGCCAUUCAUCCCUUCAGCCCGUUGAUUAUGAAAGGUGCGGCGCCGGCUUCAUCCAGGAAACAGCUGUCCAGGUGUGUUUCUGAACACCGUGGCAAUUGGGACCUUAUGUCAGCGGCUGGAUCUAUCAAAGCAAUCGAUGAUCCUGUAGCGAUCGGGUCUGGAGAGACAAUGACUUGCCAGAACCUGGAACUUUUCGCCAACCCUUUGCCCAGCCUCGACGGUAAAGCAGUCCUGCCAGCCCUUGCAGCCAGCCAGCUACCUACGCUUCUUAUUUCAGGUUGGGCAUGCGUCACCAGUGGCACAGCUUGCGCAGCAUUCUCGGCCCUUGCGGGGCAGCAUUGGCGACUUUUGCUCGGACCGUGGAACCACGGAGGUGUGCAGCACGUUAGGUAUUGUAGGGAGACAAAACUUUUAAAGUUUCCGAAGGCCAAGGCUGUCCAAGAGUUUCUUCUUUACCACAUGCCAAGACAGGGGUUUGCACAAUCUAGUGUCCCUGCGUGGCUGGCAUCACCAAAGCCAGAGGUGCAUUUCUAUGUGUGUGGAGCUUCCCCGGCUUGGCAGCACAGCACAGAAUGGCCACCAAAAAAUGUGGUGAAAAAGCAACUUUGGUUGAGCACAUCUCAGCUGACAUGGACAAAAGAUGACUUGGAACAUGAAGGAUCCACGCAGCUUCCAAAAGCGACAGACUUGGUGAGGUACAAGUGGAAAGCGUCAGCUGUGGCAAAGGGACGCGCGCUUCUAUUUGAGACUUCGGUUUGCCCCACCACCUUGGCUGUAAUUGGUUCCGCGGUAUUGACUCUGCGACUUCGGAGCAGCAAAGAUCAGGACGCUGACAUUUUUGCCUAUCUUCGCGAGAGACCUCCUGACGGCGGUGAUCUUGUUUACAUCACAGAAGGUGCACUUCGCCUGUCCUAUCGAAGGGAGGAGGAGGCUCCUGACCAUGAGAAGGCCGCCGAUCCCCACUCAUCAGACUCCUCAAUGGCUUCGUUUGGCGUUGUGCCUCACCACAGCUAUAGGCGGCAGGACAUUCAGAUGCUGCCGGCAGAAGGCGAGACCACUACAGCAAGGCUGAAGUUUUUCCCAGUGGCAUACCGCUUUCGUGCUGGCUCCAAGAUUGCCUUGGUGAUAGCUCCAGACGAUGCAGCCCACUACGCGCCCAACCCUCUAGCCGGACCUCAUCCACCCUUCAUUUGCCAUUCCACGUCCGAGCAGUCCAUGUUAUGGCUGCCAAUCAAGGAGCAACAACUUUCUUUGUGA